UACGACCGGUUAGCAUCGCUUUACGGCAGCGCUUAUGAAGCAUUGGGUCUUCUGCAUGCUGGAUUUAGGCUGACGUUUCCCCACCGCUGCCUUCAGAUGGACACUCUAUACAUCUCUUCCCACCCUGACGACUUCAGGAGUUUGUUGCCCUUGAUUGCUGCUGAAUUCUGUUCAUCCCCUCCACGAAUCGUCCAUGAGGAGCCUCCGGCUGAGGUGGCCAGGUCUCGUCCCGCACUGGUCCUAGCUGGUUCAGGGGGGACCGUGCUCAGCGGAGCUAAUGCUGUGAGCUGGUACCUGGCAGCAGCGGGCAACCGGACAGGCAGAGAUAAGAAGCAGGAGAGUCAGGUUUGGCAAUGGCUGAGCUUUGCUGAGAACGAGCUGAUGCCGGUGGCCUGUGCUGUGACAUUCCCUCUGCUGGGGAUCAUGGGGGUUGAUAAGAAGCUCCAGCAGACUUCCAAAGCAGAGCUGCUGCGUGUUCUUAAAGCUCUAGAUGAGACCCUAGCGCCGCGGACGUUCCUCGUAGGAGAGGCUGUGACUUUGGCGGAUAUAGCUGUCGCUGUGGCAACACUCCUGCCGUUUAAAUAUGCAUUGGAGCCUGCAGACAGGAAGUCAUUGGUUAAUGUGACAAGAUGGUAUAAUACCUGUGUGAAUCAGCCACAGUUCUUGAAGGUGCUGGGUAAAAUCUCACUGUGUGAGAAAAUGGUGCCUGUGACACCCAAACUCGCCGCUGCUGUCAAUGCCACAGCAACUGCUUCUUCUGAAGCGGCUACACCAGACGGCACUCCUGCUAACGGCCCUCCUAAAACAGAGGCUCAGCUGAAGAAAGAGGCCAAGAAGCGAGAAAAGAUGGAAAAGUUUCAACAGAAGAAAGAGAUGGAGGAGAAGAAGAAGAUGCAGCCUCAGGCUGAGAAAAAGGCCAAACCGGAGAAGAAGGAGCUGGGUGUGAUCUCCUACAACAUCCCCACGCCGACUGGAGAGAAAAAAGAUGUCUUGAGUCCUCUGCCUGAUUCAUACAGUCCUCAGUAUGUGGAAGCGGCCUGGUACUCCUGGUGGGAGAAACAGGGUUUCUUCAAGCCUGAAUAUGGGAGAAAGACUUUAAGUGAGCCAAACCCACGUGGAGUGUUCAUGAUGUGUAUUCCUCCACCUAAUGUUACCGGAUCUCUCCACCUUGGUCAUGCCUUGACCAAUGCUAUUCAGGAUUGCCUGACAAGAUGGCACAGGAUGAGAGGAGAGACCACGCUGUGGAAUCCCGGCUGUGAUCACGCUGGUAUCGCCACACAGGUGGUGGUGGAGAAGAAACUGAUGAGAGAGAGAAAGAUGACCAGACACGAUCUCGGGAGAGAGAACUUCAUCCAGGAGGUCUGGAAGUGGAAGAACGAAAAGGGAGAUCGCAUCUAUCACCAGCUGAAGAAGCUGGGCUCUUCUCUGGACUGGGACAGGGCUUGCUUUACCAUGGAUGAUAAACUGUCCUUUGCGGUCCAAGAGGCUUUUAUACGUAUGCAUGAGGAGGGCGUGAUCUACAGGAGCAAGAGACUCGUCAACUGGUCCUGCACCCUCAACUCUGCCAUCUCUGACAUAGAAGUCGAUAAAAAGGAGCUGACUGGGCGAACUCUUCUUCCUGUGCCGGGUUAUAAAGAGAAAGUUGAGUUUGGAGUGCUGGUGUCCUUCUCUUACAAAGUCGAAGGAUCGGAUGAGGAGGUGGUAGUGGCCACCACCCGUAUCGAGACCAUGCUUGGAGACACAGCUGUUGCCGUCCACCCUAAUGACUCCAGAUAUCAGCAUCUCAAAGGAAAGAUGGUUGUUCACCCAUUCUGUGACAGAAAGAUGCCUGUUGUGUUUGAUGACUUUGUGGAUAUGAACUUUGGAACAGGUGCUGUGAAGAUCACUCCUGCUCAUGAUCAUAAUGAUUACGAGGUGGGAGAGAGACACAAACUGCCCUUCAUCAACAUCCUCGAUGAAAAUGGCCUCCUCAUCAAUGUCCCUCCUCCAUUCCUGAGAAUGAAGCGCUUUGAGGCGAGGAAAGCUGUGCUUCAGGCUCUGAAAGACUUGGGCCAGUUUAAGGAAGUCAAAGACAAUCCCAUGGUGGUGCCUGUCUGCAGCCGUUCUAAGGACAUAGUGGAGCCUCUCCUGAAACCUCAGUGGUACGUGGACUGCAGAGAGAUGGGAAAGCAGGCCGCAGAUGUCGUCAGAAAUGGAGAGCUCAGGAUCAUCCCGGACCACCACCUCAAAACCUGGUUCAACUGGAUGGACAACAUCAGGGACUGGUGCAUCUCACGGCAGUUGUGGUGGGGUCACAGGAUACCGGCGUACUUUGUGACUGUGAGUGAUCCGUCAGUCAAACCAGGCGAGGAUGUGGACGGACAUUAUUGGGUCAGUGGGAGAUCAGAGGAGGAAGCCAGAGAAAAAGCUGCCAAACGCUUCAAUGUCACUGCAGACAAAAUCUCUCUUCGCCAGGAUGAAGAUGUGUUGGACACUUGGUUCUCCUCAGGGAUCUUCCCCUUCUCCAUCUUUGGCUGGCCUACUGAGUCAGAGGAUCUGAGAGUCUUCUACCCAGGCACGCUGUUAGAGACAGGCCAUGACAUCCUGUUCUUCUGGGUGGCUCGCAUGGUCAUGAUGGGCCUCAAACUCACCGGAAAGCUACCUUUCAAAGAGGUUUACCUGCAUGCAGUGGUACGGGACGCCCAUGGCAGGAAAAUGAGCAAGUCUCUCGGUAAUGUCAUCGACCCUCUGGACGUCAUCACUGGGAUCUCAGUAGAGGGUCUUCAUGCUCAGCUAACAGACAGCAAUCUGGACCCACUGGAGAUUGAGAAGGCCAAACAGGGACAGAAAUCCGACUAUCCCAAUGGAAUUCCAGAAUGCGGGACAGAUGCGCUCCGUUUUGCUCUGUGUGCUUACACCAGUCAAGGCCGAGACAUUAAUCUGGAUGUCAACAGGAUUCUGGGAUACAGGCAUUUCUGUAACAAGCUGUGGAACGCAGUGAAGUUUGCCAUGAGGACUCUGGGAGAGGGAUUUGUGCCCUGGGACAAAGCUCAGCUGUGUGGCAGUGAAAGUGUGUCUGACCGCUGGAUUCUGUCCCGUCUGAGCGCAGCAGUAGCGCUGUGUGAUAGCGGAUUUCAGGCCUACGAUUUUCCCACAAUCACCACCGCCAUCUACAACUUCUGGCUGUACGAGCUCUGCGACGUCUAUCUGGAGAGUGUGAAGCCGGUGAUGAGCAGCACAGACUCAGAGGGACAAAAGCAGGCGGACAUCUGCAGACAGACUCUCUACACCUGUUUGGAUGUGGGACUCCGCCUCCUGUCUCCCAUCAUGCCUUUUGUGACUGAAGAGCUCUUCCAGCGCUUGCCAAGAAGACAUGCUCAGGACAGCCCUCCUAGCAUCUCUGUCACACCUUAUCCAGAAACAUCAGAGUUCUGUUGGCACAGCGAGGACAUCGACCGUCAGAUGGAGUUUGUCAUGUCUGUGGUUAAAACCAUCCGAUCACUCAGGGCCGAUUAUAACCUGACCAAGACCCGAGCUGACUGUUAUUUGCAGUGCAUAGACUCUGAUACUGCUGCUCUGGUCCAGACAUACAGUCUUCAGAUCCAGACACUGUCUUACUCUCAGGCUAUUUACCCGGUGGUGGGGGGCGACAGCACCAUCCCACAAGGCUGUGCGGUUGCCAUCGCCUCAGAUAAAUGCACUGUUCACCUCAUGCUGAAGGGUUUGAUUGAUUUGGAAAAGGAGGUCACUAAACUGACAGCAAAGAAAGGGGAGCUGGAGAAACAGAUGGAAAAGCUGAAAGAAAAGAUGGCCAAGAACGACUACAAGGAGAAAGUUCCUGUUAAAGUACAGGAGGCAGAUGCUGAGAAGCUGAGGCAGAACGAAACAGAACUGCAAAAAACGAAGGAAGCCAUUGAGAACUUCAGAAAGAUGAUGUAACUUAUCUUCAUUGUGGGGUUUUUUCUAUCGUUUAUGAAUUUUUCCAAAUCAGAUUAUUUUGUUCUCUCUGUCUAAUGUAUGUCAGUCCUGCCUACUGAAAAAUAAUGUGGGAAACUUGAAUAAACAUCAACCUUAGAUGGAAAA